CUCAUACCCUGCUAGUUCCUCCCGCCAGCACCACGGGGUUGCGCGCUCCGUGCCUCUUCGAAGAAGCAAAUGUAGUGCCUCUCGCGGAGUUCGAUUGCUGCGGCCACAACGCGGUUGCCGGUCGGGCCGACUACGCGCAGUGGCAGAUCGCAGCCGCGACGUGUUCUGGAGGACGACCAAGAACCCAGAUGCGGCGCCGAAGUUGUGUCAGCGCGGCUGCGGCAGGCCUCGCUGCCCUGCAGCAGGAAUGGGAUCAUCUUAUCGGUGUGCCAGUUCUCGCUCUCGUUCGACCGCAUCGGGAGCGUCGCGUGACCAAAACGCACGAGGUGCUCGCAGUGACGAAUUUGGAAGAAGGUGAGCAGGGAGAUGUUGACCAAAAGGAAACGCCUUCGGUCAACACACAAGAACGCAAGCAGGAUCGAACGAAAACCUCUCGACCACACCAGCAUUUAGUGCAGCAUCAUAGAACGUCUUCUACGUCGGGGAAAAAGACAGUAGACGGAGCUGUACAAAAGAAGAAUAACAGCGAGGACACCAAAAGAAAUGCAAAAGCGACAAGGAGUGGCGCAACGGCUAGCGGCAAAAGAUCUUCUAAUGGCAAAAAAACAAGGGGACAUGGCAAAGAGCCGGAAGAAACGGAGCACGCGUCGGAAGAGGUUGGCAAAGAGCCUAGCGAGAAGAAGGGCAAACGCAAUGGGGUUCUCGACCGACUGGAUCGGGAUGCGCCGGUGACUGAUGUUUUCAGGAUUUACACUGCCCUCCUAUUGUCGCCAUGCAUGAUAUUGAGGGCACUUACUUAGCAUCGCCACAUUGUUUUGCCACUACAAACAAUGCUUAUAUCACACACUGAUGCGACUCACAGGUUGACAGUACCGGCGGCUUGACAAAUGCUCACAUUCCAGGCGAGUGGAUGAAACGGUACUACGAAGUAUGAAACGUGGAAAAUAACAGCAAAGCGGUGGAUCUGACGGAUGUCAUGCAUAAAUUGAUACUAGUUUCUUGCCAUGACAUGCGUCUUUCAGCACUCAGAAGGAGCGAAUUUCAGUAAGUACUUAUGCAGCGCACAGCGAUGCGUCACGUCGUUCGAUCCACACAAAAACCAUUUCUCUUCUCUAUACCCAAACGAGGAACAGACGGAAGACUUUUACAUUUCCAACCCGCUAGAGCCAAAGAACAACUACCAAACGCAGACGGACCGGGAGAUCGAGGACAUAGAGUCCGACCUGGAGCAGGUGAAGAAGCAGCGGGAGAAGUGGCGGGACCUGGAGAAGAAGGGCAACAAGAUCGAGUCGGAGCGCCAAAAACUUGCCGACGUGGAGUCGCCGCAGCUGGCCAACUAUCAAAUGUAAAAGUGUCUGGGUCUGGAAACUUGUGAUGCUGGGUGGCGUCUCAUGAUGAGGCCACAAGUGCUGGCUCAGCAUGACAAGUUUCUGAGCUUCUAUGUGUUGCCUAUUCCGUAUGACAAACUGCGCUUCUGCAUCACAGAAAAAUGGAGCUCUUGGGUAACGUGCAUGACAGAUUUAAGAGUCAUGCCAGACAAGCAUGACAAACAUGCAUUCUUCCAGACCCAGACAUUUUUACACUUGAUACCAACUUUUUGACCCGCAUGCGCACGGAAAUGAUCGAGCUGCAGGUGCCGCAGUUCGACGAGCUGCUGGACUUGCGCAUUCUGAUGCUGAAACAAGAACUGCUGGUGGCCAAGCAGCGGGAGAAGGAGUCGCAGACCCGGAUGAUGUAUUUGGUACUGCUCGCGGUUUUGAUUAUCCACUUCGCGGUUUGCGCCUGCGAGUGCUUCUUCCGCCGCCGAGCGUUCAACACGGUCGCGGGGGCGGACGGGCAUGGAACUACGAUCGACAGCGACGUCGUGUGCUUCGACGUCACCAGCUUCUGGACGACCUACUUCACGUUUGGGAUGGGUCGGCAAGUUAUCAACUGUAAAAAUGUCUGGGUCUGGAAGAUUGCAACUCGUGAUGCUGUCUCUGCAUUUUACAAAAAUCUGUAUUGCAUGACCAGCAAGAGGGCUCCAGUUUGUGCUACAUGGAGAGGGUAUUUCUCAUGCGAGAUAGGCAUCAGAAAGCCCACUAAAAAUCUGUGAUGCCAGGUUGUGCAUUACAGACGUCAUGUGUCAUGUAAAAUCUGCAUGACAAUGUCAUGCAGAAAAAUGUCUGGGUCUGGAUGUCAGACAUCCAGACCCAGACAUUUUUGCAUUUGAUACAAGUGUUGAAGCUCCACGCCACCGAAGUGGAGUACGUAACGCAAAACGUCAGCCUGUACUCGUUGCUCUGCAGCAGCUCCACCGUGAACAAUAACAGCGCGGCGCCGAGCCCGCAAAUGGUGCGACUGGACGGCGGGGGCAAUAAUAACACCAGAACCAACAGCCAACAGGUUGCAGGUGUUGUGCAUUUUGCAGAGCGAGAACAACAGCAUUCGGCAGAUAAGAAAGAGGAUGCAACCACUGCACCGGUACUGCAUCAACAAAAUGUACUUCCAAACAACAAUGUGCAGCUUGAUACGCACGCGACCCAGCUGUCCAACGCGAAAACCAUCUGGCGCAUGAGCUACGCGACGCUGGGUGAGGUGGGCAAGUUUCAGUCCUCGUUCUGUUUCAAGCGGGUCGGUCUGUCCUGUAUGGGCACGGUACUGUUUCCCGGGUUCGGCUUCGAUCAUGAUUUAGUGGACGCCAUUGUAGACAAGAUAAAACUGAAAACCGGCGAUCAGAACUUCUGCUCCAACAGCUUCAUGAGCAGCGGCAUCGGGAAUGGAACAGGCAUGAAGAUGAAUUCCUACAGCACGGUAAGCACGGCCACUUCCGGAAGUGGGACAAACGGGGGUGUGGCCGGUGUGGUGAUGAAUGAGCAGACCCUGGAGAACCAGCGCAUCAUGCUCAUUCGCAUGGCGGGCCUGGAGGGAAAGUUGGAACGCGUAAUGGAACAUCUAGAAUCCGGGGUGGAUUCGAGAAUGAUGGGAGCAUAAAAACAAGCAUAGCACGACGCUGCAGAUAGCCAUGGUCUCGAUGCGUUUUUUCUUUUCCAGCAAUCAUCAGCAAUACAUCGCGUAGAGGUGUUGCGAACAAGAAGGAAUCUUCACAGAGCAGCUGUGAAAAGAGCUCUGGUGCCCUACGGUUCAUCACACGUACUGGUUCUGCUAAAAGCAUUUUUUGCGGCACCGGGGCUCUUGAUUGAAUAUCCAGCGCUCAUGUAGUCGG